CCUCUCAUUCCGGACGUUUGGACUUUUCAGAGGGGAUGACAGACGGUGGGCAGAGGCCCUGGGCAGCGCCACCCGUAGGCUGCCCGGCCCUGCGGACCGGCGCGCAGAGAGCGUGGAGCCGCCGCCCAGCUCUGCUUCCGGCCGGGGGUUAGGCAGCGCGGGCGCCGCGGUGGGCGGGGCGCGGCGCCGCGACCCGCGUUGCUAUUGGCGGCGGUUGGGGGCGCGGAAACUGAACGGCCGGCAACGGUGGCGCUCGCCCGCAGGCCCGCUAUGGCCGGUCCGUGCCCGGCUCCCCACCUCUGACCCUGGCUCUCCCCCAGGAAGACCCCUCGCUGGAGAGGCAUUUUAAGGGCCAUCGGGAUGCAGUCACCUGCGUGGACUUCAACCUCAGCACAAAGCAACUGGCCAGUGGCUCCAUGGACUCUUGCCUCAUGGUCUGGCACAUGAAGCCCCAGACACGUGCCUACCGCUACACGGGCCACAAGGACGCCAUCACCUGUGUCAACUUCUCCCCCUCGGGACACCUGCUUGCCUCCAGCUCCCGCGACAAGACCGUCCGCAUCUGGGUACCCAACGUCAAAGGCGAGUCGACCGUGUUCCGUGCCCACACUGCCACUGUGAGGAGCGUCCACUUCUGCAGUGAUGGCCAAUCCCUGGUGACCGCCUCCGAUGACAAGACCAUCAAAGUGUGGUCAACGCAUCGCCAGAAGUUCCUGUUCUCCCUGAGUCAGCAUAUUAACUGGGUGCGCUGUGCCCGGUUCUCCCCCGAUGGGCGCCUCAUUGUGUCCGCCAGCGAUGACAAGACCGUCAAGCUGUGGGACAAGACAAGCCAUGAAUGCAUCUACUCGUACUGUGAGCACGGCGGGUUUGUCACCUACGUGGACUUCCACCCGACUGGCUCUUGCAUUGCUGCUGCCGGCAUGGACAACACGGUGAAGGUGUGGGACGUGCGGACUCACCGGCUCCUGCAGCAUUACCAGCUGCACAACGCCGCGGUGAAUGCCCUCUCCUUCCACCCGUCGGGAAACUACCUGGUCACGGCCUCGAGCGACUCCACGCUGAAGAUCCUGGACCUCAUGGAGGGCCGGCUGCUCUACACGCUCCACGGGCACCAGGGCCCAGCCACCUGUGUCGCCUUCUCAAGAACAGGGGAAUAUUUUGCUUCUGGAGGUUCUGAUGAACAAGUGAUGGUGUGGAAGAGCAACUUUGACGUCGACUAUGGAGAAGUCGUGAGAGGGCAGAAGCCCCCGGCCAUGCUCAGCGGCUCCUCCAGGAACCUGCCAGAAGUGGAUCUCCCUGUGACCGCCGGCGGCAGCGCGUGUCGGGAAUCGGUGCGGAGCCAGCCCCAGGAGCCCGUGAGUGUGCCGCAGACGCUGACCAGCACACUGGAGCACAUCGUGGGCCAGCUGGACGUCCUCACCCAGACAGUGUCCAUCCUGGAGCAGCGGCUGACGCUGACGGAAGACAAGCUGAAGCAGUGCCUGGAGAACCAGCAGCUAAUCAUGCAGAGAACGACACCGUGAUCAAGGGGACAGCAAUCAAGAGCUCACUCGAUUUGGGGUGGCAGGCGGGGGGGUUUGUACCAUGGGCCUUGGGUAAAUAAAUGACAGGGAUUCAGCUGGGUGGGCCCUCUCCAUCCUGAGCCCAGGGGCUCCACCAGCCGUCAGAAUGGGAGGUCCCCGGUCGGCGAGGCCCGCACUUGCACGACGGACCGCAUCUAGUCUGGGGAGAAGCGGCCAGCCCCAGCCCCGGAGGCAGCCCCAGUUUCACUCACCGAGCGGGGGCUUGUUUAGCUGACGCCACACGCUGAAAGCCCCUUUCCCCACUGCACUGUUAAGAAAGCUGCCUGGGAUGGGCGGUGAGCCUGGUGUUGCCUUGCACCAACAGAAGCCCAUGUGGGUGCGGCUGGGCCCAGGGGGCUGGGACCGAGCCUCUGAGCAACAGGGACCUUGCAGUGGCCAAGUGUCCACCCAACAUGCUCCCUGUUGGGUGGCAGGAGGGCUGGUGGCAGCUCCUCAAGAGCAUCUGAAGACUAGAACAGACUUUUGUUUAUUUUGGGGCCAUAUCUCGUGGUGCUCAGGGCUUCUGGCAGCACCUGGGGAUCAUAUGGGGUGGGAGGGAUUGAACCCGGGUGAUCAGAGAACAGUCUUUAUCCAGCUUGUCAGAGAAGCGACAGGGUCUGAGUUAGACCCAGCCAUCUCAAGGGGUCCUUAAAGGCCAGAGGACAGGGCAGCUUGGGACACCCCGGCCAGAACCAUCACUGAAGUGUGGAUGCCCAUAACCACAGCUGCUCGGAGUGUUUGGGGAGCAAGGCUGGUCCAUGUCCUCGCCCACGGGCUCUUGGGUCCUGAGUCUCCUGUAGCCCCACCUCUGCGUGCAUGUGGGAAGGCCAGGUGAGCGUCCACCGGCUGUGUGGGUGUCGCUCCUGCCUCAGCAUCUGACUUCGGAGGGCAUACAGCAUGCCAGGAAGGUACUGAUCCUCCAGCACACCUGCCCUGUCCCGAGGGGAUGGGGCUGGAGUCUGCUAGUUCUCAGAGUCGGGGUGACCGUACAGCUGUGGGGCUGGGUUGGGAGCCUUGGGCUCAGAGGGGGGCACCUGGUGUCAGCUUCUCCCUGCUUCCCACUGACAGUAGGGGGUGGGGGGUGUGCAGGGUCAGGCCUCGGGCAGUCUUCGGCCCUGAGUCCCUCUGGUCCUUUGGCUCACCUGUCACUGAUGGUGAGAACCUCCCCUCCAGUGGCCACCUGGCUGUCCCUCCUCCCCACCAUCCACCUGUCACCCCACUCUAACUUGGGCUGCAGGCCGUCAUAGCCCACCCCAGGCCCUGGCCUGCUUUCUGGGUUCCGGGACCCCAGCACAGGAUUUCCCCCCAUGCCAGCCCCGGAAUGCUUUGUGGGAGGAUGUGGGCAGGCUGCAGGGAGGCCAGCCUUACCCUCAGCACCUGUGUUGUUGGCCUAACAGGGCAUCUGGAUGGGGGCUGAGGCUGUGCUGACACGAGCCAGGGGCCCUGGGAUAACACUUCCUCAAACACAGGUCCCGGGGCACUGGGACACGGAGCGUCUCCUGGUCCUGUUCCCAGGCUCUGACUUCCCGUUCCAGGAUCACAUUUCCGCUUUCUCUGAAACCCACCUUUCCCUGCAGGUCUGAGGACUCGAAGAGGUGUGGGAGGUUGGGGGUCCUGGGAGGUGUUUUCCUGGGUUUCCUAUUACUGGUGAGUAGGCGUUGACCCUCUGGGGGGCGUCACCCCACCCCAGGCACUUUCUAGCCUGACGCCCCUCUCCCUGGACAGCAGCCUGGAAUUGGAGGUCUGGAGGGUUCCCAAGCGCUUUGCUUGUCCUUAA